AUUGUCUCUUCAUUUAGUCUGAGAACAUACUCUGUGUGUCACAGCCUGUUUUAUGGUCAGUCUAGGGUUUGUAGGUCAUUAAGUGAUGUGAUUAGCUAAACUGGGUAUUUAUUCACAGUUUGUGCUGUGUGUGUACAUUGUUGCAUGUUGUGUUAUGAGAUGUGUAUGUCUGGUAGCUGAAGAAGAUGAUGAGUAAGGCUGGAAUAAAACCAUGAAUCCACAACGGAGGAGCCAGCCCUGCAGGAACUGGACCGAGCUGAGCUUCCACUCAGAGCAGCUUUGCCUGUGGUUGUGCUAGAGCUGGGCUUUGGGCAGGAGGAGGUGGCACUGAGGAGACGAUGUGGAGCCGCGAUGGUGCCCGGAGUGAGGGAUACGUGCAGGAGCUCUUCCAUGAGGAAGCACAGCAGGUAUCUCAAACUCAGACCAAGCCCUGGUGGAAGAUCCAGCUGUUUGUGUGGGAGCCUGUGCUUUUUGGAACGUGGGAUGGGGUCUUCACCUCCUGCAUGAUCAACAUUUUUGGAGUGGUUCUUUUCCUGAGGACGGGAUGGCUUGUGGGAAACACUGGCAUCGUAAUGGGCAUGUUUCUGGUGUCCUUUGUCAUUCUGGUUGCCCUGGUGACAGUCUUGUCUGGAAUUGGGGUGUGUGAGAAGUGCAGCAUUGGAAGUGGAGGAGUCUACUCCAUGAUUUCUACUGUCCUUGGAGGUCAAGUAGGGGGCACCAUUGGCCUCCUUUACAUUUUUGGCCAGUGUGUUGCAGGUGCCAUGUACAUCACUGGCUUUGCAGAGUCCAUUGCAGGUGUGCUGAGCCUCAGCAACAUCUGGGCAGUGCGUGGCAUCUCCCUGGCUGUCCUGCUCGGCCUGCUGGGAAUCAAUCUGGCUGGCGUGAAGUGGAUCAUCAGGCUCCAGCUCCUGCUGCUCUUCCUGCUGGCUGUCUCGACACUGGACUUUGUCAUUGGGUCCUUUACACAUCUGGAUCCAGAGCAUGGCUUCGUCGGCUACUCCCAAGAGCUGAUGUUCAACAACACACUGCCAGACUACAGCCAGGGGGAGUCCUUCUUCACUGUUUUUGGAGUGUUUUUCCCGGCUGCCACAGGUGUGAUGGCUGGGUUCAAUAUGAGUGGAGAUCUCCAGAAGCCUUCCUCCAACAUCCCUCUGGGCUCUCUGGCUGCUAUUGGCACCUCACAAAUUAUCCCCAGCCUGAGUAUGGAGAGGCCAGAACUCCAGAAGAGGAUCCUGGCUGAGGCUGCAGAGUCAUUGUCACAUGGAAGGACCUGUGUACCUGCAGAGCCACAGAAUCAGAAUGGUUUGGGCUGGAAGGGACAUUUAAAGGCCAUCCAGACCCAACCCCUGCAGGGACUUCUUCAACCAGAUCAGAUUGCUCUGAAGAAACAUUCAAGGUGGUUUCUGUACAUGGUCUUCGUUUUCUUGCUGGGAGCCAUUUGUACCCGUCAGUCGCUCCGCUAUGACUUCAUGAUAGCAGAGAAGGUAUCCUUGGUGGGGUUUUUGUUUUUGCUAGGCCUGUACAUCUCAUCCCUGGCCUCCUGCAUGGGAGGGCUCUAUGGAGCACCCAGGAUCCUGCAGUGCAUCGCCCAGGAGAAUGUGAUCCCCAUGCUUGCCUUCCUUGGACGUGGGAAAGGCCCCAACAAGACUCCAGUGGCUGCAAUUUGCUUAACAAGUCUCAUCACCAUGGCUUUUGUCUUCAUUGGGCAAGUAAAUGUUCUUGCUCCCAUAGUCACCAUCAACUUCAUGCUGACAUAUAUUGCUGUGGACUAUUCCUAUUUCUCACUAUCCUUGAGCUACAACAUUCAGCAGAAACCUGAAGAGAUCCAGAUGGGAACUGCUAGACCUGCUCACUCUUCCCAGCCUUUAAUUUUCAACAAGCCCCCCAGCCGUGCAGCAGAUGGGGUAAUUCAAAGCAGAUCAAAUGGCACCUUGCUGGAAUUCAAAAAAGACAUGGACCAGCUUUUUAAACCAUUUUUUAGUGAGCCAAGUACUAGCAAAAGAGAAGGAGCUGAGAAUUUAACCCAAAAGGGCAAACGAAAGAAGACAAAGAGGCCGGCCAAGCAGACAUUACAAGACAGCUUUCUCCUGGAUCUGCAUCACGAUGCUCCCCUGGCUCAGAACGGCUGGGAUGACUCCACGGAGCCCCAGGGGAGGCAGCAGGACGUGGAUGAGCAGGGCAGCCAGUGGGAUGCAGGUCUGGGCUCAGCACCCCCUGUGGAUGCCCAGCACAUACCCAGGAGGCUGGAACAGGGGGAGCAGCCCUGCAGUGAGGUGAUGAUGCUCCCUGGCCCAGGGGGAGAAGGUGAGGGUAGAGUUCAUUGCAAUGCAUCACAGGAGAAGUUCCAAUGCAAUUUCCUACAGAAGAUUAAUCACAGGAAAGCAGAAUCAUCUAUAAAGCAACAAAAUCCAGAACUGGGAAUUCGGCAAAUACCAGAAAUGGUCUACUCCAAAUUUUUCAGUCACUGGAUUUCCUUUGCUGGUGCAAUUGUGUCCCUCAUCAUAAUGUUUGUCAUUCAGUGGAUCUACACCCUGGUCAGCCUGGGAGCAGCAGUUAUUCUGUAUUUCUACAUUGGCCAAGUCAGCCCAGGACUCCCUCUUGGCACAGCAGCAAAUUUCAGUUUCUUUGGCUGGAUUAAGUCGGUUUUGAUCACUUCAUGCAGGAGAAGGCCCACUCCCAAGGAGCAGAUCGUGGUGACACCAUCCUUUGCAACAGUUGGCAUGGAGACCAGGCAGCUCACCGAGGAGAACUCAGACUUCGCCUCACGGGACCGCUACCACCAGUCCUCCCUCAUCAGCAGGGAGGAAUUUGGGAGCCAGUUCCAGUGAAGGACAAACACACACACACACACAAAAAAAAAUCAAUCCAUUACUUCAAAAAGCAUUUAGAAG